AUGUCGACCAUCAGCGCCGAUGACAACCCACCUAAAUCGCCCGAGCCGCUCUUUCUCGAUUAUCCAGUUGCGCACGUCCUGAAUAAAAGCAGCAGGCGAGCAUGGGUGGAGCCGUGGGCUUCCCGGUACUGCGCGGCCGUCUCGGACAAGCGGUACGGAGACGCAAUCUGGGCGCGAUAUAAUAUGGAUGGAAGAACGGUCGAUGGCGAAUACAAAAGUCUUAGCAUGAUUGGGGAUGGCUCUGUCAAGGAAGUGAGUGUUCCUGUAUAUGAAAUGAUCAUGGACGACGCCCGGGGGUACGCAAAGAGCAGCCCUGAUUGCUAUCGGGAGGCACUGUUGCUCUACAAUACCACCAGUAGAAGCGACAGUCGGCGGGAUAUCAUCGAAGGAUUGAAUCAGAUUGAUACUGGUUCAAGUCUUGUGACCUGGGCAUUCUCGUCGCUCCGUGGUGUGUUUGGUUUAAAUUGA